AUGGAUGAAGCUUCGUUAUCAUCUCCAGAUCCCCUCGCCGAAUCCUUGACAUAUCAGGCGCCCCCAAGUUCGAAACCACGAAAGACUCCAUCGUCACGUCUAUCACUGCCAAUGCAAGGUAGUUCUCCGAAAAAACAAAUAUUCGAGUUAGAUGUAGGAAACACAUUAUCACCACAAAAGAUUAGAGUCACUGUGGAGGCCGAGGAUUCAGAUAGCGAGGAUGAUCAUGCCAAUCUCAGACCUCAUAAUAUGAGCUCUCCUACACCUGCGCCAGUACCUCGACGAAUAGAGCGAACAACGACAACAACAGUGCCCUUACGGGGACUUUCGGACUCCGAGAAUGAUACCAGCAUCAGAUAUGAAGUAACUCCCAAGAGACGCAGAGGUCGGCCAAGAAAAUCAGAUACUCCUGUCAAGAAGCAAGGUCCUCCAAUUCAAGCUGGCAAGCGCGGACGAAAACGUGUUGGACAAGAGGCAGACAAUCAAAAUCCAGAUGCCGAUAACGAAGAAGUCUCGGCGGGCAAUUCUAGAUCACGAUCGAAGUCCGUAAAGGGUAUAAAAAAGGCGACACCGCGUAAGAGAAAAGCAGGUUCGGAUCUGGUCCCAUCGAGUGUGGUCAAAAGAGGUCGUGGUAGGCCAAGGUCCAAAUUACGAGAAGAAAUACGAUUAUCAGACGGAAGCGAUGCGGCAGAGCAAGUACAAACUCCCAGUGCCUGGCUCAAACUGGUAGAGGCUGACAUUCCUGAGGAAUUGAUGCCGGAAGAGAUUGAUCUUUUGGCAACCAUUAAUGCCAACUCGCAAAGUCCAGUUUCCCCAUACCCCGCCUUUCAAUCCACGUCCACUUUCCCAAGUAGUGAAGAACUGGAGGAGGACGUUGUCAUUGCAAGAUUCCAUCCUGGAGAGGAAACGCCCCGAGCAACAGGAUGGUCAAGCAUUAUGGAGACCUCUCAACUUCCGAGUUCAUCAAACAAGGCACAAGAGCAAACGAGUCCUCUGGGGGAAAUUGUGAAAGAUGCACCUCUAUCCCGGGAAUCAAAUGAUCUGGUUGAAGAUGAUGAUGAAAAUGAUGGCUACGGAGGGGACGACUUUGACGAUGGGAUGGAUGAAGAUUUUGACGAAACGCAGGAAUUCGGACGAUCUGCAAAUGGGGCAACUGAUGGUGGUGGACAAAUGCAAGAAGAGGAUUUCGAGGAUGAAAUGGAUAAUGAUAUUGAGAAUAGGCCUGAGUUCGACACCAUCAUGGAGAGUGAAGGAUUUAGCUUGAUUUCGCUUAAAUCUGUGCCAUCGUUGAGGAAACCCCUGAAUGAUCUGCUCCAAGGGGAGAAGCAAAAUUCGACCGCACGCCCGCAAAAUAAAAAUAUCCUUUCAGUCCAGAGUACGGUACAGGACAACUCGUUUUCAAGUAUAGCACCAGAGAUCCUCGAAGCCGCUACACCAGGCAGGAGACCUAAAAAUUCUCUUAUCCAUCGCGUCCAGAAUGCUGGAAUGAAUGAUUCAUUUUCGAGCAUCGCACCUGAAAUUCUCGAGGCCGCAACCCCAGCGCCUGCCCGAAAGAAGGACAUUGCGACGUUACAGCCAGAGAGUUCUCCAGCCGUGGAAGAGAAUACAGUCGUCUAUGCUGAUAGUAAAAGCCCGUCGGAGUCUCCUCCUGUGCCUCUGACAAAGGCUGGCGAAUUACGCGAGAAUUUACCCUCUACCAAAGCUGCAGCUCCCCUUGUUGCUACCACUCCAUCGCUAAUGCGCCAAGCACCGCUCCGACCAAAUUCGAUCAGAAAGUCAGAGUAUAUCUCUCAAAUCAAUUCUCGACCAUCACAAAAUCGCCCAAAAUCUUCAAAGCCAUCCAAAUCACCGUCGCCACCAGUCAAAGAAUCCAAACAUUCAAAAUCGGUAGUAGACAUUGAGGCCGAACCAUCAACAAGUCACCAUACUGAACGAUCUGUUGCACAGCCCCCUGACGAAUCUUUGAUCAACUCCCAGAUCCAUUCCUCGCCGCCUGCAAUUGCUUCACGCAGAUUUACUUACACAGCGCAUCUUCGUCAGCAACGACAAAUGAACCCCAAGAUGACACAAACCCCAGCGAUCGUCUUCUCGUCCCCUACAUUACCACCUCCUAUUCAGCCGGCUAGACAACCAUCCGAAAGGCCAGAAUCUUCAAAUACAAAUGUAUCCUCACCUGUGGAGAAGGCUGGUCGUAUUUUGCAAGAUAUCGUCAUACCAUCAUCAUUGCCUAGAAGUAGAUCCGAGAGUCUAGCUAGUCCUUUCAAGAGCCCGGUAACAGGGAGAAGAUCGAGUUCAAGCGUAUAUCCAGAUGCUAACGCUAAUCGUUCCAUGUCUGGUGAGCAAACUCAAAAACCGCUCCCAAGAUUGGACCCUAGUGGCAAUCUAAUUUCGCACCAUUCGCGAACAAGAAGCUGGAGUAGGCCCAUUCUUGAUGAAGACACAAAUGUCAAUAACGGGGCAAUACAACAACGUGCGUCUACAGACAAAACGCAAAGUUUCAGUCUUGAGCUACCUAGCAGCCGUCGUAUGUCGGUCUCUCUAAAUGCGGCAGUUAUCCCUCAGCACGAGUCAUCAAAAACUAUCAGUUCUCUGAAUUCGCAACCCGAAGAGACUAGCCGUAAAGGAGCCGUUGAAAAAUCAGUCACGCGGUCAUCAUCAAAGGAGAAGAAAGGCGGUGAUGCAAGAGGUACUUUGAGUGCUUUGAACGAGAAGUGGGCUGCGGAACGAGCUGCGAUCAGCAAACGAAUCUCUACAGCUGAUACCAAUGAAGUCAUGGUUCUUAGUUCCGACAAUGACGAUGACGAUGAUGAGGAAGACGAUUACGAGGAUAACGAUCCGGCUUCAGGAGAGGAGCAAGAAACUGCGCCUGAAAAGCAGGAUGCCACUAUUGAAGAGGAUACCAAGAAUGAAGCCGAAGAAGGCUAUAAAGACGAAGAAGGCUAUGAAGACGAUGAAAGCUUUGGACUUCUACUAGAGACGCUUGAUGCCUCCAAUCAGGAAGAUCAGCUUCAUUCCGAUAGAUCCAGCAACGUCGAAAGACCUAGACGAAGCAAAAUACCUAGCCCGUGGAGAACAAGUAACAAGCGUUUGAUUUAUAGUGACGAGCUUAGUAGCUCUCCCGAUCAUAACGCACAGGAUCCCUCGAUCGAAGAGCCCUCACCAAAAUGUGUUCCAAAGCAGGUUGAUGUAAGAAACAAACCUCAAAUCGAUCCUCAAAUUAAUGGCGACGAGACUCUUGACUUGUCUGGAUGGCAGAUACCCCAGAAACAGAACUUUCAGCCUAUACUCCGUAGUAUAAGCAAUGCUAGAGCUGAUAUCUCUGCACUUUUACGAUCAUCACCAUUUGGGGGACUCCCAACUCUUUCUAACAGAGAAAGGGGGCCGAUUACUGAAGAACCACCACCUAAAGACGUGCCAAUUCCUCGGAAAUCAUAUUCUACAGCAUCUCGAGACAGCUCAUCUGGCGAUACCGAGGAAGAAACGAGCUCAUUUGCACCAAUCCCUCAGAAAAUGGGCUUCCAGCCUCGAGUCUGUAAGAGCGGUGCAGCACCGCUAGCUUCAAAAUUUUCUCAACCAAAGGCACCGUCAAGAGGCAUUUUCGGAAAACUGGGAGCUGUCAGGACCAAUCUGCCAACUCCAGAUGCAUCAUCAUCAUCUUUGGUCGGUACCCUGACAAAUACGUCACCAAGCAGGAGCAACAAGCUCAAAGCUCAAUCUGUCCAACCAGAGACAAUCCAGCAUUCGUAUUCCCAAGUCCCAACAUCUAACACUUCCAUGCCCUCUAAAACCAAAGAGAAUCGCGAGCUCCGCAACCCUAAACCGAAAUGGACAGAACAUCGUCUCGAACCUCCCAUCCCCGCCUCCCCCACGAAAUCUAUCCUCCGCUCACCCCAACGCUCCUUCACCCCUUCUUUUCAACCGUCCCCCAGCAAAAACGUCGUCUUCGCUUCUUCCUCUCCCCGAUCUAGUUCGCCUCUGACUCCCCAAUUAUCUCCUACCCACUGGACGCGCGAUCACUGGCUCCUCCUCGAUUCCAUCUUGCAAACCUGGAAACCCGAAAAUCCAAACGAUAAAGAUUCCGAUUCCCAUAAUCCCAGCGAAACUUCUAAAUAUGGAAGAAGAAACUCCACGAGGGUUAUUAGUAUAUUAUUGGGGAAAACGGUUAAUCUCAAGGAUAAAGGGGUAGGCAUUGGUGAUGGUGGGGUGAGGGAAUUUAGAAAUGCGAAAUCACGAGUGGAGAUUGGAAAUGAACGCAUGAGGUUAGAACAGUGGCAUCUAGAGGCAGUCGAUGAAUUUAGAGGAGAGGUGCCAGGGUGGGAGGAGGAGGUGGUGGCGAAGAGGGUCUUUGCUCUUUUGGUGGGCGAGGAGAGGAGGAAGAGGGGGGUUGGGGCUUAA